GUCGGAAUUGGAUGUAUCAGUUUGACUUUCAGCCCUGUAGACCGCCAAGUACACACGAAACCGGAUGAAGCCAGUUUAUGUCUAUCCUUCCCACCUUUAAACGAACGUUUUCGCGACUUUUGAUUAGAGGGGGCAGAUAGCCUCAGCGCACAGAUCCGAGACCCCCAUAGAAAUUGCUGAACCCAGUAAUUCUCAUAUUCAUAAAUUAGACUGGUUAUUAAUUCGGUCUUUGGCUUCCACCCAGGGAAUCCGCGUAUCACACGGGCCGCGACAACGUCUUGAAGUCCGCUCCCCGUACGUUUCCACUUACGAGUAAAAUUUCGUAUGUAUAAUGUGAGGGUUUUGAUUGAAUGAAAGAAGUUGUUCAUUUACAUGCAAUAAGUUUUGGACUAGGAUGCUGUAUCAGGUCCUCUUAUAUAAGUUGAUAUGGAGCAGCAAACCUUUCACCAUGUUUCCAUCAUUGUUUUCUUCUUUAGCUGUUCUUACCACCGUCGUUUUGACGGCUCAGGCCGCUCCGAUGCCGGCAUCGUGUCGCGCGACAUCCAGUACCCUGGCCGGCAUAGGCAUGUGCUUCGAGCCCUCUGUGGGGUGCAACCCAGGCCAGAGGUUCGGAGAGUACAUUGCGAGGAAUAUCCGACACGAGAAGGGCAUUCGUGGGAUAGUUCACUUGCUGUACGAAGUGAGGUGUUUAUCAGGAGGACGACAGUACUGCUUGAUGCAGGUGUAAUCUCUAGGGAAAUCACGUAGUGGUACGAGAGACCCUUUAAGUGAUACGGAU